CAUAAACAUUCGAUUCCUCGCAGUUUCCCGGACAAAUUCUCCAUUCCAGUUGUACCAUUGUAAAUUGUCGUAUAUGGCCGGUGCAGCGCACAAGAUGAAGGUACUAUCGCUCUACAAACAGAUGCUUCGUGCGUCGCAGAACUUCGAUGCGUACAACUAUCGAAUGUAUGCGCUUCGCCGGAUCCGCGAUGCAUUUAGAGACAACAAAGCUCUUACCGACAGUGCAAGCAUUGAGAAUGAGCUGUCCAACGCGAAGAAAACUUUAGAAAUCAUUAAAAGACAGACCAUUGUGGGUCAACUAUAUCAAGCGCCAGACAAGCUGGUGAUAGAAAAGUAAUCAAAAAGCAACGUCAUCUCAUGGAAAAGGCAACUCCAAGGACACCAAUGCCGAGUGCUGCAUUCUACCGAUGACCAGGACCAGUGUUUUUUUUUCUAUGUGCUUCAACGUUUGUUGAUCUAGAUUCUGUUAGGCACCAGAGAGCGCAAAGGUACAUGUAGUAGAAAUAAAAUAUACGUUACAUCAUUAGCCAUUACUUGCUUUUCCUGGAUCAGCAAUUCGCAAGAUAUCUCGGCAACUGGUACACUAACCGUUGGAAGGACGGAUGGAAUUCAAGGGGCAUGGUGCUACGUAACUUUUGGCCCCAAAUCAGACAUGUACUGUAAAUAAAUAAAUUGUUCCGUGCGGCAAUCAUUCAAUAAAUGUGACUGCAUUUGUAGUUUGUUAAUCAUUAAAA